CGGACUGCGAGAAACCUGCUAAGGUGGGGCAGACGAAGAAGGGUUACAAAUUGGUGAUUGACUUGGAUUAAAGGGGGACGAUUUCAGCACCGAUUUAUCAGCGCCAGCUUAUCAUGUGAUUAAAGCCAACAACAAAUUCAUUCAAAAUCAUUCGCAAACUGGAAAUUAGUAAAUUUAAUUCACAAUCUAGUCUACACCUCAGUAAAUACGACACUAACGCGUUGACUUAGUGCACACUUUUAACCACGAAACAUUUCAUGCAACACUUAUCCUACAAAUCCUUCAGUACACUGGGACGUAUGUAAUACCUUAAACAUAUUUUGCUCUACGAAAGUUUGAAAAAGUCCCACAUUCACGACGGUCAUGCAUACCACGGAUAGUGACUUGCAACACCAGCAAAUCCUCGAACUAUCACCACCCCUCAAAGCAAAAGAAAACCUACCAGCAGUCCUAGACAAGAUGAUCACCGAUACCCCAAAGGAGGCAAAUCCAAAGCCCGCCGUGCGUUUUGGCAUCUCUCGCAGCCAAGACGAAGAGUCAACACCUACACUUUUGGAAGUGGAGACGCCACCACACUUGGGACGUGUAUCGCCUUUACUCUCCACCAGCCUACGCAGCUAUGGCUCCAACGUAGUUGACUACCAGAACAGCAGCCAGCACAGUGCAAUCAGUACUAUAAGUACAAUACCGCGUGCCACUAAUCUGCGCUUGAAAUUCCGUAAAAGCCACACUUGCGGCAGUCUCUUCGCCAAUUGCAAUUGCAGCAGUCCACCAGCCAUGCUCCAACCGGCACACGCAAUUGCCAACGGCAGCGGCAGCAGUACUACGUCACAACAUCUCCAUGCGGGCCGCUCUAGUUACGCUGCUGCGCCCUGCCAAUUCAAUUUUUCCAUUUCGCCCACCAACACAGACCUCUCCAGCCAUAGCGCCUCUACGCAAUACACAUCGAGCGGCAUUUAUUCACUCUCCACACAAACAUCGUCGGCUACGUCGGCACAGUUGUCGCGCGAUGAGAGCAUGAAUGUCAGUUUCGAUUGGUGUGGCGGCGAUGGUGCGGCCCGUUCGAACAGUCUCGACAGCGGCGUUAGUACUAGCGGCGGACAGUCGGCUACACUGCCACAUCGCAAGCACAGUCCAGUUAGCUUUCGACUCGCAAGCGUUACGGAAAACGAAAAUACUUCGUUGCAAACGCGCAGCUCAGCAAAGUCAUUACAAGUGCCGGGCACUGUUGCGAUUACAGACGCUGCCAUAGCUGCGCCAACUGUGAGUACGGCGAUCUCACCAACAGUAACCCGUAAAAACGAACGCAAAGCAAAACGGUUCUUUCAGUCCUAUUCGCAUCCGGACACGGAUUACAUCUUCACCGACGAGAACAAGAAACCAUCGCGCGAAUCGCUCAUACAGAUACACGUGCAGCACCAGCAGGAACCGGUCAUAAAGACGCGUGAUGGCAAACUAGAAUUUAAGCAACCGAAACGUUCAUCUUCUCCCAAUAUAGGACAAUUUCAAGUUUUAGAUGUGGCUGUGCAUCCUGAUAUACUAGUGAAAAUCUCACCAAAACACUCGCCUGUACCAGUAACGCACCAACAGCAAACAGCACAAAGCACUCCACGUUCCGCGCAGCAACGACGCCGUCUCUUGCAACGGUCUCACGAAAUUGAAUCGGGUGGCUCCACAUCGGAGUCGGAGCACAAUUUUGAAACGCAGCAAGAGGCCAAGGCUCAGGAUUUUAAAUUGCAGUUCAACAAGGAAUACAACAAUCAAACUGAGAAGGCAGCAAGUCCAACCAAAUCCAAAGCCGUUGUGGAGGAUGCGAGUUUCGAAGCAGCGCAGAAAUAUUUUGCGGAGAGCGGCAUUCUAGGACCGAUCAAUACUGCUAGUCCGCUCAUUCGGAAGACUUCCAAGAUUUUGCAGGAUGCCAAUGUGCAUGAACAGAUUCGUAAAACGUCGAUGAUAUUGCGUGCCAACGGCGGUAUUAGCAGCGGCAACAACACAAGCAACAAUACGACACCAACCACUCCAAAGCUACACUCACCAACGUCACCCAAAUCCAAAGCUCUUGUGGUCGCGCCCUCACUGGCGUUGGUGCCUUUGGAGAAACCGAAAUUCCGUACCAUCGAUGAGAACAGCUACAGCAAGCACAACAACUGUAAUACACAGUACAAUGUGUACAGCAUGGAGAGACCACCACCACUAGCGUACGGAUACAGCAGCAGCAGUAACAACAAAGCCAAUAGCAGUUGCAAUAACACACACGGCAGCAGUGCGCCACACUCACCACACACCAUGGCGACCACUUGUGGCUUCAGCCCCAACAUGACGACAAAGAGUUGUAACGUCACCGACGAUCGCGAUGCCCAAAUCAAAAGUAUGCAAGGCGAAAUCGUUUCAUUGAAAGAUGUGAUAAAGGCGCGCGAUGCGGAAAUUGCAAAAUUACGCAGAGAGAUACACAAAUUGAAGAGUGUUCUCCAACAAACGGCCAAUCCUUUACCAAUAGCCAUCGCUGAUCUACCGCCGUCACCCACAGCACUUGCUCCUUCACCCAACAAUUUCCUACUCGCCAGUCCGAAUCAAAUUUGUACCGUAUGCAAGCGAAAAUUCGAGACGGAUGCCAUCUCAACUCCGCGCAUUGGACAAAUCACACCGGAAAAUAGUAAUUCCGUUGAGUCGAACGUCAGCGAGACAACAGCAACAACUAACGCCGGCAACACCGCUGUAACCUGUGCACUGGCCAAUUAUAAUGCCACCAAUAAUCAGCCGGUGGAGAUCGCCUUGGAUGCGGUGGCAGCACAAACAGCAGCCGAGGCGGCGGCCACCGCGCUAACAUGCAACGGGCUCAAGACGAAGCUGGCGCCAAUGCCAGCGCACCAACAAACGCCAGUGCUCAAGAAACAGGGUGUAUCCGGUGAAAGUUGUGAAACAUCAAUGCAACAAUCGAUCAAUGUGCCCAUACCGAAAUUUGAAAAGGAUUUCCGCUCUAAGCAACUCAUCAAAGAUGCUAUUAUGGACAAUGAUUUCCUGAAGAAUAUUGACGCCUCACAGGUGCGCGAACUUGUCGAAUCGAUGUAUCCAUUGGCCAUCGCCAAGGGAGAGUUUGUGAUUCGUGAGGGUGAGGCGGGCGCUCAUCUCUACGUUUCGGCCGAAGGUGAAUUUGAAGUGGUCAAAGGUGGUAUUGUAUUGAGUGUGAUGGGGCCUGGCAAGGCGUUCGGUGAGCUGGCCAUACUCUAUAAUUGCACACGCACAGCAUCUAUACGCGUCUUGUCGGACGCGCGUGUCUGGGUGCUGGACCGGCGGGUCUUCCAACAGAUCAUGAUGCGCACGGGCAUGCAGAGGAUCGAGAAUAGUGUGAAUUUCUUGAAAUCGGUGCCCUUACUAAAGAAUCUCAGCAUGGAAGUAUUGGCGAAGAUCGCCGAUGUUCUCGAAGUGGAAUUCUAUCCAGCUGGUACUUACAUUAUACGCCAAGGCGCUAGUGGUGAUACUUUCUUCCUCAUUUCGCAAGGUAGUGUCAAGGUGACACAAAAGUUGACAACCACCUCCGAGGAGAAGGAAAUACGUACACUGGAACGUGGUGACUACUUUGGUGAGCAGGCUCUCAUCAAUGAGGAUAAACGUACAGCGAAUAUUAUCGCCAUGGCGCCGGGCGUUGAAUGUCUGACGCUGGAUCGUGACUCCUUCACACAAUUAAUAGGUGACCUAUGCGAGUUGAAGGAGAAGAACUAUGGCGAUGAGAAUCGUGUGCUGGCCAUGAAGUACGCAGAGAAGUCAAAAGAGAUUUUCGGCGCCAAUGUAGAACAGAAGUUCCCUGAAAUGAAACUCACCGAUUUGGAAGUUGUAGCCACACUUGGCAUCGGCGGUUUUGGACGCGUUGAGCUGGUCAAAGCCUAUCGAGAGAAUAGCGUGGAUAUAUUCGCUUUGAAAUGCCUUAAGAAGAAGCAUAUUGUCGAUACCAAGCAGGAGGAGCACGUCUUCAGCGAACGCACUAUUAUGCUAACCUGCAAUUCACCCUUCAUUUGCCGCCUUUACCGCACAUUCCGUGAUGAGAAGUAUGUGUACAUGCUGCUCGAGGCCUGCAUGGGAGGCGAGAUAUGGACUAUGUUGCGCGAUCGCGGUUGUUUCGACGACAAUGCGACACAGUUCAUAAUCGGCUGCGUUUUGCAGGCAUUCGAGUAUUUGCAUUCGCACGGUAUUAUCUACCGAGAUCUCAAGCCAGAGAAUCUAAUGCUGGACGAGAGGGGCUAUGUGAAGUUGGUCGACUUUGGUUUUGCCAAAUAUAUUGGUAACAGCAGCAAGACUUGGACCUUCUGCGGUACGCCGGAAUAUGUGGCGCCUGAAAUUAUUUUGAACAAGGGACAUGAUCGCGCUGUAGACUACUGGGCCUUGGGUAUACUCAUACAUGAGUUGCUCAAUGGCACUCCGCCCUUCACCGCCACUGAUCCUAUGAAGACCUAUAAUAUCAUUUUGAAAGGCAUAGACAUGAUUGACUUUCCUAAGCAUAUGUCAAGAUCGGCUGUGCAGCUGAUUAAAAAGCUGUGUCGUGAUGUGCCGGCUGAGCGUUUGGGUUACCAAAAAGGCGGCAUUCAGAAUAUCAAAAAGCACAAAUGGUUCCUAGGCUUUGAUUGGGAUGGCCUCGAGCACCAGUUGCUCAUACCGCCGUUUGUACGGCCCAUUGCACAUCCAACGGACACUGCAUACUUUGAUAAAUUCCCUUGUGAUCCCGAAGAACCACCAGAUGAAUUCUCCGGCUGGGAUGCAGACUUCUAAGAUAAUGUCUUGAUGCAGCUGAGUUUGCUCAAAAUUUAUAUAUGUACACCGUGAACGCAUCUUUUUACUUUAACUUCAUACGUUAUUUUUUUUUUACAAUUUUGGCAACUAACUCAAAUUUCAAGCGACGUUGAAAGCCUGCGCUAUAUAAAAAAUAUGUUUAAUGUUUUUCCAUGGGCACAUCGCUUCUAUAAAAGCUCAUAUUUUAAAAUUUUCCGAAACAAAUUUGUUGAAAUCAAAUGAAAUUCAAAGCGUAGUUUAUUUAAAUAUUUUUUUACGCAUUAGUAGUAGUAAAAUCAGUACUUUGCGUAUUUCGUAGUUGUAGACAUAUUUGCAUAUGUAUUGAUA